UCAGAAACCAAGGUAACAGCUUGAUGUCAGACACAACUGCUAACAGUUUCCACCUUUGUAUCCCUUCCACCACAACUCUUGAGGAAUUUUCUUCCAGUCUUCUUUUGGCAUACCGACUAGACAAGAAAGUUUUUCAACACUGUAACCAGCUAAGUGACCUGCUUGAGAACUUGGGAACGUCCUACUUGUUUCAUAAAACCCAUUCAAACUGUUUCUCUUGUCAUUGGAUGGUGAAGUUCCACUAUUCCACUUUCAACCAACUCCAAGAUGUAACUCUAGAAAAGGACAACUUGACCAUAAUAAUAGAAAGUGACCUUUGUUGGUCUUGUUUUUACUCUCGGAGAAAAGUUCCACAACAAGCUUCACUUUCCAUAGCUCCAUCACGUAUUUACUCGGUGGUUGAUUUGUUUCACUUGAUGUUUCACAUAUCCAACUGUGUCUUAUGUAUCGGUUGCAAUCCAUCCAUAUACCCUUCCAGUUGGUUCUAUCAACAAGAAAACAAACCAAUAUGUCUCACUUCUCAAGAUGGAAGAGGAACAACGUUAGGCAUGGUCGAUUCUUCUCAUGUGUCACAACAAUGCUUUUCUCUCUAUGCAGUUGACUGUCAUGUGUUACUUGUCAACAAAUUGGGAGUUCUUCGUUGUCCUGCCUGUCGCAAACUCAAAAUAACACUGUAUAGAAGACUUCAAAGACAAGAAAAAGAAAACCAAAACCCCAAUCUUUCACAGAAUGGUGGUACCUAACUCGUGUUAUUCUUUGAAAAGAGAAUGAUUUUAGAAAGUGAGAAUAGAUUCUUGGCUUGUCGUUUUCAAAUAUAAAUAUUUCAUAACAACC